GAGCCAGAGAAUCUGUGACUGCUCUCUGCACCAGAGGGAGAGAGUAAGAGAGAGAGAGUCCUGCUACUGCUGCUGCUCUCUGCACCAGACAAACAGACACAACAAGACACACCGUCUCUGUUUUCCCCAGCCAGCCCAGCAGCCAGCUCUCUGUCUGAGCCUCUGCCCUGACCACUGCCCUGUAGAACUCUCCCUGCCAGCAAAACACGUUCUACAGAAGAGAGAGAAAGAAGAAGAAGAAGAGAGAAAAAAGCCCUGUUGACUUUCCUGUCCACCCAUCUGACUGAACCCAAGGUGGCAGAGAGGGAGAAGUGGCGAAGGCGGCGCCCCCCAUCAGGAAGAACAGCGGUCAAUAAAGGACACCGGUAGCUCCACCUCCGCGUCUGAGUCAGAACCCAUGUCUGCACCGCGUGUCCCCCAGGAGCCUCUACAGGACAUUGUCACAGCACACACACCAGAACCAAGGGAGCCAGCCAGCCACAGCAGGGAGCUGAAAAGCAGCAGCACUGCAGAGGAUUUGGUUAAAGCUAGAUAGAGGAGCAACCCUGGGGUGCUGAAGAGAAUAAGGAUUUAAGGUGGGGUAACUGGCAGUGCUGCAACAGACCUGUGCCUCACUCAGAGGCACUCUACUCUCUUUGCCUCUCUGCUGUGCUGUGGGACAUGUGGGCGGGCUGGAGGCUAAGGAGGCACAGGGUCGAAUUCACCGUGGAAACUGCCCUGCCGAGAGUUAGAUAGUGCUUGGGUCUGUCUGUGAGGAUCUAAGUGCACGUGUGGAAGGGGAGGAGGGGGGCUCGGCGUGGAUACGACAGUCUCCUCUGCUCUCUAUUGCUACUCCGUCCCUCUGUCUCCUUCCUUCGUACCUCUCUCUCUCUCUCUCUCCACCUCCGCCCCUCCUCUCCUCUCCUGCUCCCCCCUGCGGGCAGAGUGUAAAGCCAUGGACCGAGGCUGAGUGGAUGCUGCUGCCUGACACAGUGUUUGUGAGGCGGCUGCCGUCCAUUCCUGAACCCCCCUGGUUCCCUUCAUGCCGUGCUGUGGGCUGGGCCAUCGCCGGAGAGCACAGCUUCCAUACGGUUCGGCGGACUCCUACACCAGCCGUCCAUCAGACUCCGAUGUUUCCCUGGAGGAGGAUAAGGAGGCAGUGCGACGAGAAGCAGAGCGGCAGGCUCAGGCACAGCUCGACAAGGCCAAGACUAAACCAGUUGCAUUUGCUGUCCGCACAAAUGUCAACUACUGCGCCACCAAUGAUGAUGGCGUCCCCGUGCCGGGCAUGGCCAUCUCCUUUGAGGCUAAAGACUUCCUCCACGUCAAAGAGAAAUUUAAUAAUGACUGGUGGAUAGGUCGUCUGGUGAAGGAAGGCUGUGAAAUCGGUUUCAUCCCCAGUCCUGUGAAGAUCGAGAACACUCGGGUACAACACGAGCAGAGAGCCAAACAGGGCAAGUUCCACUCCAGUAAAUCGGGAGCAAACUCCUCUACCAGUUUAGGUGAAGUGGUUCCUAACUCGCGGAAAUCCACCCCCCCUUCCUCUGCCGUUGACAUAGACGCCACAGGCUUAGACCCCGAGGACAAUGAGCUUCCAGUCCACCUUCGCUCCCCUAAAGUCAGUCAGCCAAACACUGUCAUGUCACCCACCCUAGCCAAAGACAAACGAAUGCCCUUCUUUAAGAAGACGGAACACAUUCCUCCAUACGACGUUGUGCCUUCCAUGCGACCUGUGGUCCUGGUUGGACCGUCACUGAAGGGCUACGAGGUGACAGAUAUGAUGCAAAAAGCACUGUUUGACUUUUUGAAACACAGAUUUGAGGGAAGAAUAUCAAUCACUCGAGUCACUGCAGACAUCUCUCUUGCCAAACGCUCCGUCCUCAACAACCCUAGUAAACACGCCAUCAUCGAGCGAUCCAACACACGCUCCAACCUUGUAGCUGAAGUGCAGAGUGAGAUAGAGCGUAUCUUUGAACUGGCCCGGACCUUACAGCUGGUGGUUCUGGACGCAGACACCAUCAACCACCCAGCCCAACUGGGCAAGACAUCCCUGGCCCCUAUCAUCGUCUACGUCAAGAUCUCCUCUCCUAAGGUUCUGCAGAGGCUCAUCAAGUCCAGAGGGAAGUCCCAGGCUAAGCACCUCAAUGUCCAGAUGGUUGCUGCAGACAAACUGGCCCAGUGCCCUGCCGAGAUGUUUGACAUCAUCCUGGAUGAGAACCAGCUGGAGGAUGCGUGUGAGCACAUGGCUGAUUACCUGGAGGCCUACUGGAAGAGCACCCACCCCGCCAGCUGCAACCCCCCCAACCCGCUGCUGGCCAAGCUGGCCACAGACGCCCUGCCCUCCAGCCCCGCUCCCGUCUCCAGCAUGCAGGGCAGCGGGGCAGAGGAGAAAGCAGGGGACAAGGCAGGACAAGGUGGGGAGAGGAAGGGCUCCAGAGAGGACCACCAGCACCACCAUCACCACCACAGCCAGCAUCAGAGCCAGGAGCAGCCAGAUGGGGAGGAGGAGAGGGAGGAGGAGGAGAGGCCCCUAAGGACAGAGUCUUCCAGGAGACCCCAGCACAUCCACCACCGCUCCUCCUCCCAGCGAACUGAGCAGCACCACAACCACCACCACCAUCAUCGUGGUGGCAAGGGUCUCUCCCGGGGGGAGACACAGGACUCAGAGACCCCCGAGAGCCGGGAGAGCAGAGAAAGCAGAGACUCAGCGUACAUAGAGCCCCUGUCUCAACUCCUACACCAGGAAGAGGAGGAUGAUUUUGGAGAGGAGUAUGAUGAGGAGGGGCUUGGAGAGGGGGGGCACCCCCAGCAGCAGCAGGGGCGCUACGAGGCCCAGCCCCAACCCAGGGACCAUCAUCAUCACCACCACCACCAUCACCGCGCUGGCGAGGAGGCGGGCCAAAGCACAAUAGGACACCACCGUUCUAAGGAGCGUAACGAGCAGGACCACAACGAGCGCAACAAGCCGCGCAGUCACCACCAUCAACGACCGGCCCGCGACCACCACCACCACCAGUACUAUGACCGCGACCGGGACAGGGAGGGGGAGGUUGCCCCCAAAAAGAGGGGUGACACAGAGGACUGGGCCAGAGACCCCUAUAUUCACCAGUGACAGCCUAGCCCCGAGACUCCAACCCCUCACACACUGAGACAGUGGUAGGACUCCCCUCUCUCUGAAACCGUUCUGUUGUCCCAUCUUGCUGCUACACCCGUUUAUGUAUGCUUCCUUUGUAAAGGCCGUUGCAUCCUUAGCAAUGGCAGUAUUUUUAUUAUAUAUAGUAAAUAAAUAUAUAUAUAUAUAUGUGUGUGUGUGUGUGUGUGUGUGUGUGUCUGUGUGUGUGUGUGUGUGUGUGUGUGUGUGUGUGUGUGUGUGUAUCGAUACAUAGACAUUUUCGUUUAUGUGUGGAUAUGCAUGGAUCUUCUCAAAUAUGCAUAUUUUAAACCUGUGUUUGAUGAAGCAUGACACAACAGCAGAAUUAUCUUCUGUACUGUACUGCUUUCUGUGACUAGCAUUUAAAAAAUAUUUGUCAGGGUUUUUUUAUUUAUUUUUUGUAUGCUGCCACUUAAAAGAAGAAUUUGUUCAUUCAGACUACUGUUAGCAAUGACUGAGAAGUGGGAAACCAUGUAACUGGGUUAAAUGCUAUAUAUUUGCAAUUGUUUUUG